CCUCCUUCCUUCCUUCUUCUUCUUCUUCUUCUUCUUCUUCUUCUUCUUCUUCUUCUUCUUCUUCUUUAACAAUGUGUUGUUAUGGUAAUUGUCUACUGGUAGCACAGAUAUAUGCUAGCAACCCAACCUUCCUUCCUUCCUUCUUCUUCUUCUUCUUUAACAAUGUGUUGUUAUGGUAAUACUGGUAGCACAGAUAUAUGCUAGCAACCCAACCUUCCUUCCUUCUUCUUCUUUAACAAGGUGUUGUUAUGGUAAUACUGGUAGCAAAGAUAAAUGCUGGCAACGUAGUUAUUGUGAGCAGGUUUAAAUUCAGAUACAAUGCUGACAGUGGAAACGUUUUGGCUCCCAUCCACUAGGUGGCUUAGCUAACGGCAGCUAUUCAAGUAUCCCGACCAAAAUGCGCCGAAAUGUCAGCUAGUCAACGAGUGGGUUGAAGUUGAGGAAAUUAUUGGAGCUAAUCUUCAGUCCAAAUGAGUUCGUUCGCGGGUCGCAUGAAGGAGUAUCCCAACAUGUCGCUGGAUCGGUUUGACAGGGAGAAUCUACAUGCAAGGGCUUAUUUUUUAUCUCACUGCCACAAAGAUCACAUGAAGGGGCUGAAGGGGCCUCUAUUGAAAAGAAAGCUGAAAUUCAGUCUGACAGUCAAACUGUACUGUUCAUUUGUAACUAAGGAACUGUUGCUGAGCAAUCCAAAAUAUGCCUUCUGGGAAGAUCACAUAGUUGCUUUGGAACUGGAGAGUCCCACACUAAUCACUUUAAUAGACGAGGCUUCAGGAGAGAAAGAAGAACUUGUGGUGACUCUGCUUCCUGCAGGUCACUGUCCAGGCUCGGUCAUGUUCUUGGUAGAGGGGGCCCAGGGUACGGUGUUGUACACAGGAGACUUCCGACUGGCGAAGGGAGACGCCUCCCGCAUAGAACUCCUCCACUCUGGGAGCAGGGUGAAAGACAUCAAGAGUGUGUAUCUGGACUCCACCUUUUACGACCCUCGCUUCUACCAGAUCCCCAGCAGGGAGACGUGUCUACAUGCUAUCCGGGGGCUGGUACAGGACUGGGUCAGUAGGAGUGCGUACCAUACAGUGUGGCUGAAUUGUAAAGCUGCAUAUGGAUAUGAAUACCUCUUCACUAACCUGGGGGACGAGUUUCACACACAGAUUCAUGUCAAAAGCCUGGACAUGUUUAAGAAGAUGCCAGAGAUUCUGAGUCAUGUGACCACAGAUCGAGCCACUCAGAUCCAUGCCUGCCGUCACCCCAAGGAUGAGGAGUUUGUUCCUGCCAGCAGGCUGCCGUGUGGCUCCUCGGCAUCAGAUGGAACUCCUCUAAACAUCAUCAGUAUCAAACCCUCCACUAUGUGGUUUGGAGAGAGAACACAGAGGACUAAGGUUAUCGUCAGGACAGGUGCCAGUUCCUACCGAGCCUGCUUUUCCUUCCACUCAUCCUACUCUGAGAUAAAAGACUUCCUGUCUUAUCUCCAGCCAAUCAACAUCUACCCCAGUGUCAUUCCUAUUGGCCGAACUCACGCUGAUGUCACAGAGCUGUUGAAGUCUAUGUGUAGGGACGUGUCCUCUUCAGCUGUGAUCUACAGACCUCUGGGAACACUGAAACGCACCAGACCAGAGCAGCACACCCACGAUGUGGAUUGUGCCGAUUGGCUGUUUGAGGGGGCGGACCUGGCCCCUGUCAGGAAGAGGGUGAUGAUGCAGGAGGCCACACCCACAACGCUCCCUAACCCCCCCGACGAACCUCUACCCCUAACACACAUACCUCUCAUCACAGGAGACUACAUGGACUGUACCGAAUCUAAUGAUGAUGAGGAGGAAAGAUACCUGGAGGAAGAAGAGAGAGGUGGGGAGAGAGACGAGGGGUCUGUGUCUAAUUCUGGCACCCCUCCUCACUGGGAGGAGUUUUUCACCACGGAGAUACUGACGGACAGCCAGACCAGCCAACCACACUCCUGCUCGCACACAAGCCCCUCUCACUCCACACUCACAGGCUCCCAGACCCCAGAGCUGUUUGUUGAUGACUCCGUCAAACUCCCCUCGCCGUCAAUUCCUCUCUCGGCUGGGCGAGGCCUGAGUCAGGCUGAAAGCAUGCUCAUCCAAUCAGAAGACCGGUGUCAGGGAGAUGCAUUGACCAAUCUGGAUGCUGGGGGGGAGGAGAGUGGCAGCCACACUCACCAAUCAGAGCCAACGGAGUCUCAGGUGUCAUCGGACUUUGACAUCCCGUCUACGCCGGAUUCACACACACCUGGACCAGACGACCUCAGCGAUCUGUACAGGAGACUGGCCGCUGGAGAGGAAGUGGUCACCAGGACAGGAAGUCAGUCCCUCUGACCCCAUCUACCUCUGUAUAUAGACAGAGGGAAGAGGAAGCGAGACAUUCCACCCACUAGUUUCUUCUGAUUCAUAUACAGUCAAUGAGCUGAACAGACCAAACCCAGCUGCUAAUGCAUUGGUGCCUAUGGGAGAGCAAUCACAGCAGACCGGAACUUUGUGGCCAUGAUAUACAGUAGCUUAGUAAUGUCCGAACCUUAACUCUGAUCAUUCCAUCCAGGUGACCACUUUAAAAUGGUGGAAGUCCUCAAUGUCCAGGUUAUAUGUAAGUGGAGUCCAUCUCUGUUAUAGAGUUAAUGGUUUUUCAAUGGAUGAUUGUGGGUUCUUGACAAUGUCUUCCUCACCCGAAAAUAAUUGACUUGAAGUUGAACAAAAACAGACAAUUGAUUAAUGCAUAUAUACGAUUUCAUGUGUGGGGCCAUAGCAUUAUCUACACAGACCAUACCCAUGCCCUACUUUGUUAUAGAGACACCAUAGUCAUGCCCUAUAUACACAUGUGCCUGCUGCACACCUGGCCUAUCAGGGCCAAGAGAAACCACAGCUACUCCUCGACCACCCUGUGAAAUGUUCAGUAGGGAACACAGUCUUUCUGUGGUCUCUCAACUGGAGUCUGCUCCUGCCAGGCUAACGCAGUUCUGAACUGUAGAGAAAAAAGUCUGUUGUAGCUGUUCUGAACUGUAGAGAAUAAAAGGAACUGAGUUAAA